AUUCUCAGUAAACAGUAUUGUCUAAAUAAAUAUGCAAUGCUUUAAUAUAUGUAAAUGUAAAUAAUAUUUUUUUCUCUCUUUUUUAGCAAACAACUGUGAACAUGAAAUUGUAUCUAGUUCUUGCCUUUGUGACAUUCACAGGUUGCAAAGCCAACCUGUUUUAUGCUGAUGAGCCUAAGCCACAGCUGGAGCAGCUGACUGAUGUAUUCUGGAGUUAUGUUGCCCAGGCCACCCGCACCGCAGAGGACACGCUGAAAAUGAUCAGAGAGUCUCAACUUGGUCAGGAAGUCAAUACUAGGCUGACCCAGAGUGCUGAUAUGGCCAGCGAAUAUGCCGUCACCCUCAAAAAACAGAUGGAUCCUCUGGCUGAAGAGCUGAUGACCAAAAUCACCAAGGAGGCUGAAGUGUUGAGGGAGCGUCUGGGCCAGGACUUGAUGAGUGCAAGAGACAAACUGGAGCCCUAUGCUGACAACCUCAAGAGCCAGAUCCAGCAGAGAGUGGAGGAGCUCAGGACGGCCAUGGCUCCAUAUGCUGACUCCCUGGAUUCUGAGACCCUGAAGGCCACUCUGCUCCAGAAGAGUGAGGAGAUGAGAGGAAACCUGGAGCAGAGCGUGAAGGAGAUGCAGGCUCAGAUGGAGCCCUACACUGCUGAGAUCAAGGAGAGGGUGGACCAGCAUCUGCAGGACUUUCAGAAGACCGUGACCCCCCUGACUGAGGAUCUCCAGACCCAGAUCAGAGAGAAAGCCCAGAUGGUCCAGCAGAGUCUCACACCCUAUGCUGAAGACCUGAAAGAAAAGCUGGACCCCUACGCACAGGACCUGAAGGCCCAGCUCACCUCCCUGUAUGAGUCCUUCAUCAAGAGAAAUUAGAUGCUUCAAAAGACUUCUUUUGCCACUAACAGAACAGUUUUUUCUUCCAUUGUGACUCCAAAAUCCAAUAUCUCUCCAAUAACCUUUACAUAAAUCAA